UCUGACACAGAAAGCCAGAGGAGAAACCCGAGUGUUUCCCGCAUCACAUUCCCGCACCCAGAGCCGAUGCUUGACUCCUCUGUGCGCCGUCAUGGGCCGACGGGGCCCCGGGGCCACUUCAGCUUUUGCGCUCUCACGCGUCCGAGGGCGCAUCGUCUGGCUUCCAAGUGAGCGGGCACGGCGGUGAUGGACUCCACUCGGACCAAACGUUUUUGACACACUAUGAAGGCAGACGGUCCAGCACCAGAGGGUCUCCGGGCGCCGCACUGAGAGACAUGGAUCACUUCUACCGGAGAAAGCGGGUCGGUCUGCUGAAACCCUUGCUGAGUCUGUCCCUCGUCUUUGCGUCUUUCCUCAUGAUCCACAAGCUGAAAGUGGCAGAAAAGGACGGCGUGGGGCUCAAGCGCGCGUGGGACGCCGGUUGGUGCGGCUCCAGGUGUUCCCCCCUCAAGAAGGGAGCCGUGAAAACUAGGUCGGACUCCCCGGCGGCUGGUUACGUAGCGGACGCGCCGCGCGUCUCCAACGUGACACCGGCCUUCUGGGACGCGCAGGUUCUCAACUGCAGCGAGGACGCGUCCGUGAGGACCAACGACUGGUUCCGGCGCUUGGACCCGAGGUUUCACCAGUUCGUCCUGCACAGACACUGCAGGUACUUCCCCAUGCUCAUCAACCACCCGGAGAAAUGCGCGGACGGAGAGGUGCACCUUCUCAUGGUGGUCAAGUCCGUCAUCGAGCAGCACGACCGGCGGGAGGCGGUGCGUAAAACGUGGGGCCACGAGCACACGGCGGACGGGAAGAAGAUCAAAACGUUGUUCCUGUUGGGGAGCCCGACGACCGGCAAGGACACCAAGAACCUCCAGAAGCUGAUCGAGUACGAGGACAUGAUCUACGGGGACAUCCUCCAAUGGGACUUCAUGGACACCUUCUUCAACCUGACCCUGAAAGAAGUCAACUUCCUCAAGUGGUUCGACAUCUUCUGCCCCGGCGUGCGGUUCAUAUUCAAAGGAGACGACGACGUGUUCGUGAACACGCACAACCUGCUGCAGCUCAUCGGCUUCAAAGAGGAGGAGCGCAAGGACGCCGAGUUGUUCGUGGGGGACACCAUCUCCAAGGCGAUCCCCAUCCGGAACCGGCAGAGCAAGUACUACAUCCCCAAAGAGCUGUACGAUAAGCCGUACCCGCCGUACGCCGGGGGCGGGGGCUUUCUCAUGUCCUCCCAGCUGGCCAGGAGGCUCUUCGUGGUGUCGGAGGACCUGGAGUUGUACCCCAUCGACGACGUGUUUUUGGGGAUGUGCCUGCAGAAGCUGCGCCUGGCCCCCGAGAUCCACCCGGGCUUCAGGACCUUCGGCAUCACCCGACGCAAAGUGAGCCCCAUGAACAGCGAGCCGUGCUUCUACCGGAACCUCAUCGUGGUGCACAAGCUGAGCGCGCAGGAGCUGCUGCGCAUGUGGAGCGUGGUGCACAACGACGAGCUGGUGUGCGCGCAGAGGACGUCCAUGUGACCCAGAGGAGACCCGGGGAUCGAUCCUGAUGACUUUCGAGCUGAACACAUUCUGUUGCACGUUCUGCACUAAUUCUAUGUGGCCAAGGGAAGCAACAACUACAAGAAGAAAUACAUAUAUGCAGUGCCGGUCAAAAGACACAUGGGAAAGUUACUGUAUACAUCUAUUUUCAUUGUGGUUUUCUCUUUCUGUGUGUCCAAUUCAAAGGGCUUCAGCAGCUUGAGGUUCUCAUCUGCACUCGUCCCACUACUUGGAUUUCUUUUUCCAUUAUGUGAAACCACUACUCAGCAGUGUGCACACUCCCCAGGGACGGUUCCUGGUGCCAUCUCAGCUUGUAUUUUUAUCAUCUGCUGUCAUCUCAGUACGGGAAGGUGUUGUAGAGGUUUUUGUGUGUGUUUGUGCAGGCAUGAAUGAGACGGAACUCUGAAACAGCUGAUCCUUAUAUCUGAUUUCAGUGGGACUCUUAAGACACAUGGUGGACCGAACAGUUGCAUUUAUACUUGUCAUCCUCUUUUAUUUUGUUGUUGUUGUUGUAGGGUGCUGAAAUUGUACAAAAUUAAAUGAUUUGAUUGUUUUAAGUUAAUAUAUUUUCAAUUCCCGUGUGUAGAAUUGGCAGAGUUAGGCCAAAAAACCAAAGACGCUGAAAGGGCUGUAAGUGUGCAGAUUGACGUGUGAUCAUGUAAAUAAAACCGGAGCUUUGCCAACUUUG